AUGGCGCCUAAGGUAAGCACAGUAGCUCGCAACCUCUUUUUGCAAGAGCUGGACAAGUUGCCUCGCGGUAUCGAGUUGAAACGCAAGGCAAAUGAAGAGGGGGGAGACAGCAAGAAGAUUGCACGUAGGUAUAUGAGCCUGAAGAUGGCUGAGUGGUUCUCCUGCACAGAAGAUGAUCAGGACAUUUUCCUACAGAAAGCAAAAUCACUAUCGGGGGAGAAGGGUGCGACGGGGGGGUCACAGCCCACCCUUAAGGUUCUCUUCUCGCAGAAUCUCUCCCUUUCUCCGAGGAUAGAUGAUUCAUUUGAAUCCCAAGUUGAUGAUACGGUCUCUACCGGUUCUUCAGGCGAGCUCACACAACCAGCAACUGAAUCACAGUUGCAAGAAGCGGGCCGAGGAGUGGCCCCCGCCAUGCCCCCACCUUCGCAACCCGAUUGUGACGCUUGGCCACAUGAUCGCCAGCCGGACGGUGAUGAAUCCAGCCAACCUAUCCAGGAGCAUGUGCCACCACCACACUGCCAUGCAGCAACGACUGCCAUCAAUGACCAGGUUGAUGGGGUACAGCACUAUCUCCAGCACGUGAAGAAACAAGUUUCAGCGGGCAACCUCAUGGCUGCAUUUGCGGCGUUGGAAGCACUUUCCAUGGAUGUGGGCUAUGUAGGGGACGAGUUCAUGGAGGGAUUCCUUGCCUGGGCCCUGGCAACCACAAGUGCCAAGAGUAGUGCAGGUAACCAGGUAAUCCAACGGGACUGCCAUGCUACAGCUCCGGCACAGCAAGGCUGCGGUGAAUCCCUGCCGCCAACAAGUGUAGAUGACAUGUGGAAAUCCCUAGCCUCCAGCUCGGCGUUUCCCCUGCCUCUUGUCAGUGACAUAGUGGCUGGCUAUACAGCUUCAGCUGUCAAUGGUGGAGCUGACAAUACUGACAAUGGCCAGUUUCGGAGGUGGCACAAUCAAGAAAGGUGGAAGGUCGCCCUGCGGCCGGCGGAAGCGGCUCUGCAGUGUCUCGGUGACUUGUCACUAGUAGCAGGAGAUGAGGUUUGCCUUUUCGGUCCAUCUCUAGCGAGGCAAGAACAACAUGUGUGGGGCAUUGAGGCCUCUUCGGCAUUAGCGACCACUAUUGCAAGCUUGGUUAGGGACGUGUGGCUUGGCUCGGGUCCCCUCAACCUCGACCCACGCCAAGCGUGCCUUGGUUCGCCUAACUUAGCUGAGGCUGUGCUACAUGACUUGACCGAGGACUCGAAACGCUUGUUGGACAGUCUCUCCCGCGAAACGAACAAGAGUGCCCUUCUCAACGCUUGCCUUAAGCUCCUUCGUGACCCCGCCCCCGUGCCUCUGCCUUGCCUCAUCAACCAUGACACCCUCCUCAGCGAAGAAGAGUCCAACAAAGAGUGGGCCUCUGCGCUAAAGGGGCAGUGCUCCUGGGAGAUGCCAUUUGACAGGGUUUACCACGCUGCCACCAUAUCCAGAUAUGACCAACUGUGCAGUAUCGCGAGCGCAGCUGUGCCCCUUGACAACCUAGACUUUGCCGUGACAGAGCGUGAGGUUGUUGACGUUAAAUGCAACUGGUCAACAUCUAAAGGCAUGCCACCGGACUUACUGCCACGCGCCCUCUUCCAAGCUGAAUCGCCAGGGUGGAAUUUAUGUUUGUGGGCCCUGCAGCGAUGGGCCGGGCCAGGCGGUGCCGCGUACAGGCCAAGCCUCUGGCGCAAGGCUGCCCUGUGCCCUGUACACAAAAGCGGCCCCGCCAACCUUGCUGCUAGUUUCCGGCUCAUUUUUGUGAAGGUCCAAAUGGGCCUCAUGCAAGAGGCACUACUGACGCAACGCUGGCUCUCCAGGACCCGCCAGCACACCCUGCCCUGCCAAAGCGGCUAUGUUCGUGGGGUAGAAGAUGCACACUUGCUCUUGCAUGAAAUCUGCGCAGAGGCUAUUCUCCAGCGUAGGGCCCUGUGGUUUGUCAUGGGAGACUUCCGUAAGGCGUUUCCCAACGUCUGUAGGGAGGACCUGCUCUGCACUUUGGCAGAGGGGCCACGUGUCAAUGGACAAUGCCUCAAGCUACUGGCUAGCAUCCUAAAACAUGACACUGUUGUCAUAUGGCACAGUGGGUACUCCGAGGUCACCAUUACCCAGGGCAUCCCUGAGGGUGGUACGUUGGGCCCUUUUGGCUAUCCAGUUUUACUGGAUACCCUGGUGCGGGAGCUGCUGGCUCACAAUUGUGGUCUUGGCGUUGGUUGGGUCAUCCCCCGUGUUUGGCAAGGGCGGCAUUGGUGUGGUCUUGGACAACCCAACCCCGUCCUUGUGGACCGUCUCAAAUCGGCCUUGCGCGCCCCUGACCCCGACGGUCUCCUGCCUUCCUCCGCGCUGCUCAGCGCAAACCCCAACUUGGAGGCUUCUGCUCUUCAAGCCCUGAACGACCUGGCCCCCCUACGCAUCGCUGCCAUCCUCCACGCUGAUGAUCCUGUGCUGCUUGGUUGCUGCAAGGAGGCUCUACAGCAGAGCCUGGAUAUUCUUGCCCGCUGGGCCUUCAAGCACAAAGCUUCUUUUCACGUUGGUGAAAAGAAAACUGUCGCCAUGGUCACCCCCUCCCCUCUCUUCGACUCCUGUUCUCCCCCGGGCCCCGCCCUUGCGUUAAAAGGAAUGGGAGGACUGGCACAGCGUAACACCCUUCCACUGCACCUGGUGGCCAGCAUUUUCUGGAGUAAGGCCCAACGUGUGCUGGACGCCAUUCUUCAGUCUUGGGCGAAGCAGCUUCUGGGAGCUAGCCAAUGGCAGAAUGCAGCAGUGGCAAUGUCCGAGUUAGGUCUUUGUGCCGCCUUCGUGCCGGCCUCAUCCGCUUUACCCAUCGGGAUGGGAGGCUCAGUCGUGCAAGGGUACAACAAUGUAUUCUUUGCGGAAGAGGGACCCGCGCGGGGCCCCAAAAUGCAGGAUUGGAUAUCCCUGCUGUGGGACCUCCGUCCCCAGCAAGCUCCGGUCGCUGACGCGGAGCUCAGCUGUCCACCCACAUCGGCGCACUUCGUGCACGUCCUAAGGCUUGCCUUGGCCUAUCUCUGUCCUCCGUUGCCGCGGGGCCGCUGUGUGGGGUAA